AUGACAAGCUUUGAUUUUAAAACACGGUGCAGCAACCAUGGGCUCAAGCAGAAGAUGAUUGAUGAGCUAGGGAAAAGCGAUCUGGGUUCCCAAGAGGCCUUGAAGUUAGUCCACGCAGAUGACAUUGCCACAUUGGACCUCACCCUCAGACAGAAGAAACUCCUGCUUCACGCCUUAGCAGAACUGAAUGGUGCGGAAAAAUUAAGUCCCUAAGGCUGGCGAGAACCAAUUGAAACAAUGCCUGUCACUACCAACACAUUGGCGAGCAAUGGCAGUUUAGAAGAACUACUGAAAAAGAUCGCAGGAGCUUCAUUAGAUGACCAACCUGUCACGCCCCGAGCCACAGAACAGCCAUUGCCUGUGCCCCUCGAGAGGGUUGACAACAACCAGCAGGUGUUCCUUGGCAUACAGGACAAGAAGAGAGAUGAGAUAAAACCUUUUCUUAUUCCCGACUUUGUAAGCACUGCAACUUACAAUGGAUCCAUUGAGGACAAACAAGAAAUUGGUGGGUCUACAGAUGCAAGUAUUAUUCUACAUGCCCCCAGAGGCAUGCCACAUACCGCAAAAUUAUGUGAGAAAAAUCUACAAAUUGACAAACACAGGAAAACUUUCUGGCAUGGCCCAAAUUGCAGAUUACCAUUCAUAUAA